GAGACAUUAACGCUGCACAAGAUAAAACUGCCACUUAGAGCCCAGGAGAGCUAAAUCUUCCUGGGUUGGCCUGGGGGCUUGAGCAGAGUCAUGGGUUCUCUGCAAUUGCAGCUGUGCGCUCUCCUCUGCCUGGUGGCUCACUCGGUUUCUGGCAGCCCCAUCAUGAGCCUGGAGCAGUCACCUCUGGAAGAAGAUAUGCCCCUCUUCGAUGAUGUCUUCUCAGAGCAAGAUGGUGUCGACUUCAACACAUUGCUGCAGAGCAUGAAAAAUGAAUUUCUCAAGACACUGAACCUAUCUGACAUCCCUUUGCAGGAUUCAGCCAAGGUGGACCCACCUGAGUAUAUGUUGGAACUCUACAACAAAUUUGCAACAGAUCGGACCUCCAUGCCAUCAGCCAACAUCAUUAGGAGUUUCAAGAAUGAAGAUCUGUUUUCCCAGCCAGCCAGUUUUAACGGACUCCGAAAAUACCCUCUCCUCUUCAAUGUGUCCAUUCCUCACCACGAAGAGGUCAUCAUGGCCGAACUCAGGUUGUACACACUGGUGCAGAGAGAUCGCAUGAUAUACGAUGGAGUAGACCGGAAAAUUACCAUUUUCGAGGUACUUGAGAGCAGAGGGGACACUGAGGGUGAAAGAAGCAUGCUGGUCUUGGUGUCGGGGGAGAUCUAUGGCACCAACAGCGAGUGGGAGACUUUCGAUGUCACCGAUGCCAUUAGACGUUGGCAAAAGUCAGGCUCAUCCACCCACCAGCUGGAGGUCCACAUUGAGAGCAGACACGAAGGAAGUGAGGAUGCUGGCAGAGGACAACUGGAAAUAGACACCAGUGCCCAGAAUAAGCAUGUCCCCUUGCUUGUCGUGUUUUCUGAUGACCAAAGCAGCGAGAAGGAACGGAAGGAGGAACUGAAUGAAAUGAUCGCCCAUGAGCAGCUACUGGAGCUUGACAACUUGGGCCUGGACGGUUAUUCCAGUGGGCCAGGAGAAGAAGCUUUGCUGCAGAUGAGGUCAAACAUCAUCUAUGACUCCACAGCCCGCAUCAGAAGGAACGCUAAAGGAAACUACUGCAAGAGGACCCCGCUCUACAUUGACUUCAAGGAGAUUGGCUGGGACUCUUGGAUCAUCGCCCCACCUGGAUACGAAGCCUACGAAUGCCGCGGGGUUUGCAACUACCCCCUGGCAGAGCAUCUCACACCCACAAAGCAUGCAAUUAUCCAGGCCUUGGUCCACCUCAAGAAUUCCCAGAAGGCUUCCAAAGCCUGCUGUGUGCCCACCAAGCUAGAGCCCAUCUCUAUCCUCUAUUUAGACAAGGGCGUCGUCACCUACAAGUUCAAAUACGAAGGCAUGGCUGUGUCUGAAUGCGGCUGCAGAUAGAAGAGUCCUGGCUUAUUUAAUAACUGUAAAUGUGUACAUUUUGU